AUGAAUACUACUCAUCGUCGACGGCAAGCUUUCUAUGCCCUACCCUCAGCACACUGGCAGAUGCUCUCGGAGCCUCCAUUCUCCAUCCUUGAUAACUUCAAUAAGGUGGAUGAUGCCAUCGAUACCAAUGCCGACAUCGCGGAUACAAUUCUGGCACUGGGUCUUCAGUCAUUUGGUCUUGCUGCAAACCCCGACAAGACCAAUCCUACUGAAAAUUGGCAUGACAUAGCAACUUCAUCGGAUGUCAACAAAGCGCACUCAACGAUACGCCAGUUCUAUCGUGACUGGAGUAUCGAAGGACGACCCGAGAGAGAAGUCUGCUAUGACCCGGUGCUCCAGGCUCUCAACGAGGAGUUCCAGACGCGGCGUGAUAACGGAGAGGAAAUCCGUGUUCUGGUCCCUGGUGCUGGCCUGGGCCGUUUAGUUUUCGAGAUUUGUAUGGCAGGCUAUGACGCCGAGGGAAACGAGAUCUCUUACCACCAGCUGCUAGCCAGCAGCUGGGUUCUGAACCAUACCGACGGGCCAGCAAAGCAUGCCCUUCAUCCUUUUGCAUUGCAUUUCUCUAAUCUCCAAUCCCGAGCACAGCAACUCCAACAAGUUAUGAUCCCCGACGUGCACCCCGGAUUGGCCAUGCAGGAGGCUACCAAUGCUGGUCGCCGCUUCGGUACGAUGUCCAUGUCCGCAGCAGAUUUCACCGUAUUGUAUACUCAGCCGAACAACCACGAGACGUUUGACGCAGUAACAACUGUUUUCUUCAUUGACACGGCCCCAAACCUUAUUCGGUAUAUCGAGACGAUCCGACACAGCCUCAAGCCCAAUGGGCUCUGGAUCAACGUGGGCCCACUAUUAUGGCAUUUCGACGACGGUCACUCCCGUAAGGGAAAUGAGUCCGGAUACGAGGGGGCUGGGAUUGGUGAGCCAGGAAAUGUGGAGUUAUCCGAGGAAGAAGUGCUGAGCCUUGUGGAGCGCAUGGGAUUCCGCCUCGAAAAGCGUGGCGAUCGGAAGGCUUGUGGCUAUAUUCAGGACCCCAACAGCAUGCUUCAGAAUCUUUAUCAACCCUCACACUGGGUGGUGCGAAAACUGGUUUAA